UGCAGUGUGCGCGGUACACGACAGGAGAGCUCCACAUUUUGCGCUGUAGGAUCCAGGCGAUAAGAGGAAACAAAAGCUUGAACAAGACGUGAAGAGGAGACACUAUUCUAUACACUAAAGUAUGAAAUGCUAAUGGACCAGUUUGCAUCUUUAAACGUUACGUUGCUUUCUUGAUAAUCGUACGCGCUAAUGCCAUACGCUGCCAUUGGUUUCGUAUAGAGUGGGAUCUGCGCUUGGACCUCUAAGAAACUUUUUCUUUUUUUCCUAUAAAUAUAUAUUUUGCUUUGUAAAAAUAUUAAUUAUUUAUUUAUCCUUGGCUAUUCGUGCCAGUCUGGAUUGUGGGAAGCGAACACAGGGAGUACAAACACCGUGUGGAUUCUUUUAUCCAUUUAAACGAUUUCAAGAACCUUUUUCCACGGGAUUUCUCGCAGGUGCCUCUAGCCGGUGGCAAAAUGGAAGUGAUACUAUGACCCACAGUACCACUAAUUCCAUUUGAAUAAAGGCCUAUUGCAAGAUUUAAACCUUACGUUAUUUCGAGGCCCUCUAGAAGCGACCUCUCGCCAGCCGUCAACGCACCGUCGCUGGAAAUACAAUCAUGAACUUUGCUGUCUAUUCGUUGCAGUUAUUUUUCGCAGCACUCCUCCACGCGUCAGCUGUAAAGGCGGCGUAUAUAUCUAAAGAAGGAGGGAAAAGCAAAAAUGACGUGGUUGCCUUCAUGGAUGUCUACACUAAGAGCAUGUGCAACACCCGGGAGCUCCUGGUGGACAUCCUACAGGAGUAUCCAGAUGAUGUAGAAUAUACGUACAUCCCAUCCUGCGUGGUGCUGUCUCGCUGCGCAGGCUGCUGCAAUGACGAAGCCCUUGAGUGCGUUCCCACGGAGACACGUAACAUCACGAUGGAGGUAUUAAGGGUAAAACAGCGUAUAUCACAACACAAGUUUCCAAUGAGCUUCACGGAGCACACAAAAUGUGAAUGCAGACAAAAACAAGAAGUCAGAACAAAGAAAGAAAACCUCCUAGCUCCAGCCUCUGCCUCCGUUCUCUGCUGUGGGGUAGUCUGAGGGUCGAGCCAGAGCAGUGCCACGUGGCGCACCAGAGGGUGAGAGGCCGGGCCCCUGGCCUGCCUGACUGGACAUCCUGGCUGACCAGUGACACGGUCACUGAUGCGGCCUGUGUGUGUGCGCGACCAGGGCCAGGGUUAUGGGGCCAUCGCUUGUGGUUUUUGGUCUGGGAAGAGAUGAUGCACGUUCACACUGGGAAGAAGUGUGUAGUACUGUCGGGUGGUAGCAUCACACUGUUGCCACUGCUGCGUGACUCUCCAUUUGAUCUCUGUUUGCAUAUGGAAUACCUGCUAUAAGUAAAAUUAAUACAUCUUUUGUCUCAUUCAAAAACAUACACUCUAUUAUCAAAGGAGUACCACAAGAGUUUUAUCAUUGAUGAUGCUUAAGAAACCUAUUUCAAAGUAGUGUGGGCAUAUGUGUCCCGGCCGUCGAGUGCACACGUGUGUGUGUGUGUGUGUGUGUGUGUGUGUGUGUGUGUGUGUCUGCAAGCGUAAGCCUGUACUAGAAAAGAUCACACUGGUUGUCUCUGCAUAUGUAGCUAUUAAUCACCAUAUUGCACAUGAGUGAGCAAGUGCAUUAGUGACUAACUACGUGUGUGUGUGUGCGUGUGUGUGCGCCUGCGUGUGUGUGCACAUGCACAUAGUUGGCUUACUCAUCAUACACAACAUCCGUUCCCUUCUGAACACCCACUGUAGUACACAACACGUAUACCUUCGUAGUGAUUACCAGACUAAAGGAUAACAGCAUCACAAUAAUGAGGAUGGUGAAGAUGGAGGGCAGUGGUGCUGUGUGAUGAAGAGUUUCUCUGAGAGGACAGAGAAAAGUAUGAGUGUGUUAGCUGGGAAAGAAGAAUGCAGGGUGAAUGCAGUGGUGCAUGAGUCUCUCCCCCUUGCUGUUUACAACGCUUAUUUAAGAUCUAUAGCUUAGACCUUUCUCUCUCUCUCUCUCUCUCUCUCUCUCUCUCUCUCCCUUUCUCUCUGUGCCUUUUU